AUGACUUAUUAUUCUCUCACUGUUUCUCUCCUCCUCCUCUCACUUAAAUUAUCUUUCUUCAUAAUUUAUCUUCAAAUUCAAACAAGUGAUGCUUCAAAUUUCAUCACUUUGCCUCUAAAAAUACAAACACUCUCUCAAAACUCACUUUCACCAAACAAACUCACUUUCCAACACAAUGUAACAUUAACCGUUUCAUUAACAGUUGGCACACCCCCACAGAAAGUUACCAUGGUCCUUGACACAGGGAGUGAACUCUCAUGGCUUCAUUGCAAAAAACUCCCUAACCUAAAUUUUAUUUUCAACCCACACCGCUCUUCUUCAUACACACCCACCCCAUGCACAUCUCCAAUCUGCACCACUCAAACUCGAGACCUAACCAAUCCACCUUCAUGCGACGGAAACAAACUUUGUCAUGUUAUUGUCUCCUACGCGGAUUCCUCCUCUAUGGAAGGAAAUCUCGCGAUAGAGACAUUCUCUAUUGGAGGCUCCGUCCAGUCCAAACUGGUAUUCGGAUGUAUGGAUACGGAUACCAGCUCGGGCGACGAAGACUCCAAGACAACUGGCUUAAUGGGUAUGGAUCUCGGAACACUAUCAUUUCCCAACCAAUUAAAGCUUCCGAAAUUCGCUUAUUGCAUAUCCGGUCAAGACUCUACCGGAGUUUUAGUCCUUGGGGACGGCCCGGGAUUAGGUACAUCUCUUCAUUACACUCCUCUUAUUAAAAAGACGACACGGUUACCUUAUUAUAACCGUGUUGCAUACACUGUUCAGCUCGAGGGGAUUAAGGUUGGUGAGAAACUACUUCCACUUCCGAAGUCAGUGUUCUUACCGGAUCAUACCGGAGCGGGUCAAACCAUGAUAGAUUCGGGUACCCAAUUCACUUUCCUUCUCGGAUCAGUUUACACUGCUCUAAAGAAUGAAUUUGCACUACAAACCAAAAACAUGCUAAAACCUUUAGGUGAUCCCAAGUUUGUUUUCCAAGGUACAAUGGAUUUGUGUUUCCGGGUCCCUGUCGGGUCGCGUCUUCCGGCAUUACCGGCUGUGACGCUGGUGUUUGCUGGGGCGGAGAUAAAGGUGGCCGGAGAGACCUUGUUAUAUAAGGUAAGUGACGUGGCAAAGGGCAAUGAUUGGGUUUAUUGUUUCACUUUUGGGAACUCUGAUUUGUUGGGGAUUGAAGCUUUUUUGAUUGGUCAUCAUCAUCAACAGAAUUUGUGGAUGGAAUAUGAUUUAGUUAAUUCUAGGAUUGGAUUUGCUGACACAAACUGUCACCUUGUUAGUCAAAGACUAGGAUUGGUUUCUUAG